AUGGGGAAGAAGAAGCGCAAGCGUAAAGACAAGGAUGGUCAAGCCGCCGGCGCGGAGGCGAAGAAGAAGUUGUUCACGAAGAAGGAUUGGACGUGUGCGUGUGGAUUUCUGAAUUAUUCGAAAAAUAAGCUGGCGUGUCAUAAGUGCAAAGCCGCGAGACCGGCUCGGGUGGGUAGGAACGCGGCGGAGGAUUACCUGUCGCGGUGGGCGGUGAUGGAGACUACCGAAGUCAAUGCCAUCCACCAUCAAUUUUUGCUGAAGCAAGUCGGGAUCGAUAACGAGCUCCGGGAUGAGUUUUUUGAUUUCUUCGUUGAGUAUUGCGGUAGUUUGCCGGACAGUCGUCGAAGGAAGAUCGUUUCGGGGGCGAAAAAGGUCCGGGCACGUUUGGACGCGAUUUUGCAAGCGUGCGACAAUAGAAAAGGCGCCGCGAGCGAGAGCGAUGAGGGCGAAGACGAAGACAAGGCGCCGGUCACGGCGAAUGUAGCACAAACAAAAAAACGCGGCAAUCGAGGGAAAAAGGGCCGAGGCAAGCAAGCUGCCAAGGCUUCUCCAACGCCCGCAAUGUAG